AGGAGGAGAGGAGGGGGCGGCGGGAGGAGGUGGAGGCGGCGGUGGUGGCGGCGGAGGUGGAGGAAGGGGGGAAACGGAGGAGGUGGAAUAAUCAGCAGCUGUUACGGUUACUGUCAUCAUCAUCACCUCCCCUCCGGCGGCCUGUGAUCCCCGGAAAGAGGAGGAAGGGGGAGACCCCGGGCCGGGGCGAUGGCGGCUCACAAGCCGGUAGAAUGGGUGCAAGCCGUGGUGAACCGCUUCGAAGAGCAGCUUCCAAUUAAAGCCGGGCAGCAGAAUACACACACCAAAGUCAGCAUGGAGCACAACAAGGAGUGUCUCAUAAACAUUUCCAAGUACAAAUUCUCCCUGGUCAUAAGUGGACUUACACACAUCCUCAAGAACGUGAACAUCAUGAAGAUAUACGGAGAAGCUGCUGAAAAGAAUUUAUACUUGUCUCAGCUGAUUAUAUUGGAUACACUGGAAAAAUGUCUUGCUGGGCAACCAAAAGACUGUAUGCGAUUGGACGAGACUAUGCUUGUCAAGCAGCUGCUACCCGAGAUUUGCCAUUUUAUUCAUACGCAUCGGGAGGGAAACCAGCAUGCAGCCGAGCUCCGGAUUUCUGCAUCAGGAGUCCUGUUUUCUUUAAGCUGCAAUAAUUUUAAUGCAGUUUUCAGUCGGAUUUCAACAAGGUGUGAACUUUUAUAG